AUGGGUCGUUGGGGAAUGCGCCUGUUCGAGGGCGAUCAGGAUCUGGACAUCGCUCUGGAGAUCAACAAAGCCUUCGGUGACAGUGACGACAAGGACCUCCAGCUCUCUCCUUUGAUCCAUCAGACAGACAUGUGCGCUCCCCCCGACGCCAGGGCCCACUACAAGACGGACGAGUACAAGAAGGAGCUCGAGGGCUUCGUUUCCAAGUCUCGCAGCACCCUCAACAGCGGAAUCGGCGAUGAGCUGUUCAAGCUCUUCCGCCAGAGAGAGCACGAGCGUAAGGGCAAGUACCGCAUCAUCAUCGUCGGUGCCAUCAUGAUGCGAGCUGGAGCUGUGAUCAAGGAUGACGAUUUCAAUCACCUCCGCGAACUUGUGCCUGAGAUCCCAAGCCGUGAUGGCUUGAAACCUGUGCUGAGAAACAAUCCUGCCCUGCGUUCACCGUCGGCGCUUUUGGCAGCCGCUCUUGAUUAUGAUGAUCGGGGUUUUCGACACCCUGGUAAGGUGCAAUUCCUCGCCGCACUUGAAAACUACAAACCUGGCAUUCCUCGGAGCUUCCAAGAGCCGAGCUGCUACAAUUGUGGCAAGAUCGCAGCGGAUUCUGGCGAGGAGACACUUCUUCAGUGCUCCAAGUGCAAGAGAGGCGAUGGCUAA